AUGCAUCCUUGGCUCGUCCGAGUGUGCCUUUUCCUUUUCCCCAUCAAAGAGUCCCGUUUGAAGCGCGACCGUCAGCUGCGAGUCUUAGCCCUUGGUCUACCCCGUACUGGAACCGACUCCCUUCGGCAGGCCUUGAUUGAUCUCGGAUUCGAUGGCGUUCAUCAUGGUUUUCGCAUGGCAAGCAAUCGGUCCGAAACUCCUCAAUGGGUGCGACUUGCGUAUGCCGCUGGGCAAUUUGACAGAGUUCUCGGGAACUGUGAGGCUGCGACUGACGUACCCUCGGCUGCAUUUGCGACCGAGUUGCUGUGUGCGUACCCAGAGGCGAAGGUCAUCGUCAACUAUCGAGACGACAUGUCCGCUUGGCGUCGAAGUGUACUUGACUCUAUAGAAAAAUUUCUGGACGAUCAAGAUGCGAACUGGUGGAAGUGGAGCUUACAGUUCUUUGAUCCCGACAUUUUUUGGGCAAGAAGAGUUCACUGGUGGUUGUGGCGGAGACUCUUUGAUGGAUCCUUCCAUCAAGAUGGAACGGAUUUCUACCAAGAGCAUUACCGGCGAAUUGAAGAUGUUCUGAUAAGUCAAGGUCGGCCUUAUCUGAAAUGGAAAGUCCAAGACGGAUGGGCAAGCCUUUGCGACUUUCUUGAAAUGGAUACACCCAUGGGGACCUUUCCUUGUGGUAACGGGCCGACCGAUUUCGAGGCCAGGAAUUUAUUGCUACAGAAGCAAAGCCUCGAAAACGCUCAACAGAAAGCACGAGCCUGCAUUGCAUUGCUCAUAACGGCAGGGGGCUUCAUCGCUGCUUUUGCAGCACAUCACAUCGGUGACAAGUACUACAGAGCGCUGUGA